AACAGCAACUGCAAGUUCGUCUACGAGUUCACCACAAUCAAUACCAACGAUGCCACUAUCAUCAUCUUCCAUUUCUACAAUGACUCCUUCUCCACCGUGGGUGAAUACAACAACCUCAUCCUAUUCACAUACAACUUCGGGAGCUCUUUCUCCGGCAACUCUGACGACUUUUCCUCCAACGACUGUGAAUACAACAGCCUCAUCCUAUUCACAUACAACUUCCAGAGCUGUUUCUUCGGCAACUAUGACGACUUUUCCUUCAACGACUGUGAAUGCAACAACCUCAUCCUACUCACAUACAACUUCCAGAGCUGUUUCUUCGGCAACUAUGACGACUUUUCCUCCAACGACUGUGAAUACAACAGCCUCAUCCUAUUCACAUACAACUUCCAGAGCUGUUUCUUCGGCAACUAUGACGACUUUUCCUUCAACGACUACAACAACCACUAUUACGAUUCCCGAAGCGCUGUCUACAAGUUCAGGGACAGUACCCACGCUACCGUCAACCACGCCACUAUCGGUUACUUCGCAAACACCAAACACAGUGUCAACUACACCGCCAACUCCACCAAGAAGCACUUCAAUAACACUCCCGAUUUCACAAGGAAGCUCAUCGAUAACCCAACCCUCACCACCGGUAACUUUUCCGACUACUAGUUCCGUAUCACCUACUACUUCCUUAUCAUCCCCCACAACAAUGGAAAAGACGACUGUGCUAAUUCUGGUCGUGGCUUAUUUGAUGUCAUGGGUGUUCCCAUGCUCUGUUUGUAUUUAA